GAGAGUCGCGAGCGAACAGUCCGAGGCGCGGCGCCUCCUGCUUUCCGGAGGAGGGAACCGAUCUCCGAGGAGUCGAGGCCAGAGCGGAGCCGGGCCUGUGGGGCCUCCGCCAGCCUCGGGGCCGCUCCAGGGAGUCGCCGCCGUCUCCUCCUACUUCUCCUCUGAGGCGCUGCGCGGCCGGGUAGCGGGUCCAGGCCUAAGCCGCGCUCCCAGGGCCUCCCGGGGCCGCCCGGGCUCAGCAUGCCCGGGGUAAAGCUGACCACACAGGCCUACUGCAAGAUGGUGCUACACGGCGCGAAGUAUCCCCACUGCGCCGUCAACGGACUCCUGGUGGCCGAGAAGCAGAAGCCGCGCAAGGAGCAUCUCCCUCUGAGCGGCCCGGGCGCCCACCACACACUUUUUGUGGACUGUAUUCCUCUCUUCCACGGCACCCUGGCCCUCGCCCCCAUGCUGGAGGUGGCCCUCACCUUGAUUGAUUCAUGGUGCAAAGAUAAUAGCUAUGUGAUUGCUGGUUAUUAUCAAGCUAAUGAACGUGUAAAGGAUGCCAGUCCAAACCAGGUUGCUGAAAAGGUGGCUUCCAGGAUUGCUGAGGGCUUUAGUGACACAGCUCUCAUCAUGGUAGACAACACGAAGUUUACAAUGGACUGCCUUGUGCCUACGAUCCAUGUGUACGAACACCACGAGAACAAAUGGCGGUGCAGAGACCCACACUAUGAUUACUGUGAAGACUGGCCUGAAGCCCAGAGAAUCUCGGCCUCACUCCUGGAUAGCCGGUCCUAUGAAACCCUCAUGGACUUUGACAACCACCUGGAUGACAUUCGGAAUGACUGGACAAACCCAGAAAUCAAUAAAGCUGUUCUCCACCUGUGUUAGGGAGGGAGUCCACUUACUAGUCUCUGGGCAUUUCCACUACACUGGAGAAGAAAACUUUUUUUUUUAAAUGUAAAUAGAAUAUCACUUAGCCUGAGUGGAAAGCGGACAGUGUCGAGAAGUGGCUUGUGCCCUGAAAGAGGGCAGAAUGUCUCCUCAGCUGUCUUUUUACUGCAGUCUCUAGAAGAGGCACAGAGGAUCCAGUCUGACCUCCCUGUGGAUUCCUUCCCAGUUGUAUGUUGCUAUAAUCUUCCAAAUCAAAGCUAUUUCUGCUUGUCCAAGAUUGUUCCUAUUAAACAGUUUUAACUAACCUUUUAUAAUCUGGAGAGAAUACUUUUUAAGGCCUAUGAACUAUCUUAAAAAAGAAAAAAACCUGCAUCUUAUACUCAAAUGAGUGUGUUUGUGAGUUUUUAUGCUGUCUGAGUCAAUGCCAUACCGUCCUGGGGCAGACAUGCAACACUGGUACCAUUAGACUGGUACCUAAUGACAGAGCCUGUGUGCUGGGACUACAAUAGUUGGGUAGGCUGCUGUGUCGGGUUCACAUAGCUGCAGCAACUACACAGUGGGAAUAAAAUCACUGUUGCCUGAGAAACCUCCAUAACUAAGGGGAAAGCAAACAUCGUUUGUAAUGGGAACUUGGAUCAGAGCACAUAAUAAUGCUUCUCUAUCAACUGGAAAACUCGCAAACAUUGCGGAAUCAAGACAAGAAAAAUGGAAUUAUACUGUGAUUAUAUGCACUUUCUGCUUUCUUCAAAAAGCAAGAAUCAGGCCUCCCAAUUGACAACAUGAUCAUCCACAUGGUCCAAAUCUAUGUCUUCAAAACACUUGUUUCUUUUGUAUUCAAAGCAACAAAAUUUAGACUCCCCAAGUUGUACAGAGUAAUGUCUGUAAUUUUUAUACUUAGAACAUU